GCGCAAACGUCCGCAUCGCGCCUUCUUUCUCUUGGAAUAUUAAUUAAACGGUAAUACGUAUCACGUGGUCAGUCUCCCCAUCCCUCGAAGUGUUGGAUUACUGGUUCCUCGUUCUGAGACGAAGCAGUUUGGAUAUUGGGUGAAUUCUAGUGAAUACUUUCAAGUAUGGCGGACGAAGAGCAGGAAUAUUAUGGCUAUUAUUAUGGCGACGAUGAAGACCGAGGCUUAUUGGAUACUGCUUGGGAAAAUCAACAAAAGAAGGUAUUUGUUUCGCCCGUGUCGAUGUCCAUCGGCCUGCCACAUAAAUGUAUUUAAAGUCUGUAUUAUUAAUGAUAUAUAUGCUCUUAAUUUGUGCAUACUUUACAAGCAUAAAACCAAUUAAAUAUACCUCGUUUAAUUUGUGAUUGAUUCGCGAGUUCAUGUCGUGAUUUUGUGUCGUUUUUUAGACGUUUACUGCUUGGUGUAAUUCGCAUUUACGUAAAGUAGGCGUCCAAAUCGAAACCAUCGACGAAGACUUUCGCGAUGGCCUGAAGCUCAUGAUUUUACUCGAGGUUAUAUCCGGAGAAAGAUUGCCCAAACCUGAGCGAGGAAAAAUGAGGGUGCACAAAAUUAGCAACGUUUUGAAAGCGCUCGAGUUCGUCGUCACGAAAGGAGUGAAAUUGGUGUCAAUCGGUGCAGAAGGUUAGUUUGUGUACAUAUUCAUUUAGCAUCAUAUAUCUCACUAUGUGACAGAAAUUUAUCAUAUACUAUACACUUUAUAGAGAUCGUCGAUGGUAAUAUGAAGAUGACUUUGGGUAUGAUUUGGACGAUUAUUUUACGGUUUGCGAUUCAAGAUAUCGCAGUAGAAGGUAUGUAGCAAUUCUGGUUGCACAAUUUGUUGAGAAACUGAGAAGGAUAAUCUUCGUGUUUUAAUAAAACGUGCAUGGGCAAAUCUAGCGUGUCAUUAAUAUUUGUAAUCUGUGAAUCUCAUUGCAAACAGAGUUAUCUUCAAAAGAUGGCCUUUUGUUGUGGUGUCAGAAAAAGACGGCGCCCUAUAAGAACGUGAAUGUCCAAAACUUCCAUCGAAGGUCAGUAUUUGUAAAUGUAUAUACGGAACCUUCCUGGCCCUAAAUGAGCUUCUGGUAUUUUUGCAUAUUAUAUUAAGUUAACCGUAGAUUAGUUUUUUUUAAUGAUUCCGUAUUAAUGCGUUUGUUGUAAUAUUUUGUAGUUUUAAGGAUGGUUUGGCAUUUUGUGCACUUAUUCAUCGUCACAGACCGGAGUUGUUAAACUAUGCUGAACUGAGACAGGUCGGUUAUUAUUUUGGUAAUUCCAUUGCACGCGAGCAGUAUAUUGCCUUAUAUGGCAGAGUUAUUCCCAAGAGGUGUGUCUUGUUCUUGGCUUUUGUUAUGAUUUGCGACUAUCAUGUAGUAUUCGACAACUUCCGCUCUUUGCGCUAUAAGGAUCUUUCACCAAAAACAUGGCUAAUUAAAGUGAGAUAUCUGAGAUACUGCAUCAGGUUUACCAAUAUGAGUGUUUGACAACAGAUUUACUUGUCAACUAAAAUAACAGGCCUUUUAUUGACUUGUAUUAACUUCAUAAUGAAAUUCAUGAGUUCAUAAAGAGUUAUUUAAACACAGGCAGAAUGAGAUUCUUUGUUUUAAAAUAUGUGACCUGUUUACGUCAUUCUUGGGGGCAAGAAUGCUAUGCUUUUGGCCAAAAUGAUCAUUUUUCUCUUGGCAUUAUUUGCAGUAGGAAAUAAGUCUAAUAUCCUGAUCAAUUUAAAAUUGAAACUCAACUGUUGGUGUGAAGUUUUAAUGUUGAAUUAUUUCAUUAAACCAACAUCAAACAUUAACCCAUUAUUAAGUUGCAUUGUGCACUAAUCCACCCUACUUUAUUAUUUCACUCUGUCUAACGCCAGAUGAUUUUACUCAUCAAGAGGAGAGCGAUGACGCUCAAUGGAUUUCCCUGUGACAAGUAAAGUCAUCUGCUGUGGAACAUACAUAGUGAAACGGGUCAGAGGAAAUUAUCGACACUCCCCACAUAAGAAAUUCUGCUGUCCGGAGGGGGGAAAGGGUAAUAGUAGAAUGUACGUACUAAGACAUCGAAUGGGGAUAGGGAGUUUACUUCCAAUCACCUCCCCCAUGGAGGAAAUUGGAAAUUAAUCCCCUUCCCCCUUUGGACAUACUUUUGUGAGAAGUAUAUUGUUGCCCCUGGACCCUGAGUUUGGGUGGAACAAUUUUCAUCUAGUGAUCAUGAUUUAUUUCUGUGUUGGUGUUAUGUACUCAGGUGAAUAUGAUGUUUGUGAUGUUACUCUGAGUGUAUAUCCACACUGGGCAAGCUUGAAAAAUAUGCCCGGCCACUGUGGGAAUUGAACCUAUGACUUUUGGAAUACCAGCCCAGCAUCAAUUUUCAUCUGUCGGGGGGAGUGUGGAUCAAUUUUUGGACCAAACAUCAAUUUUCAUCUCUCAGGGGGAGUGUGGAUCUUUAUUGGAACAGCCUAUUUUUAAUGAUGAUUAUGAUCCGACCAGUGUGCUUAGUCAAAAUAGUUCAUAAUUAUCUACAUGUAAUUGCAAUUGACACAUGAAUUGACUGAUCAUGGCAUAAUGUGCUGAAUUAUUCUGCUUAAACUGCUAAUUCACUUGACAGUCUGGCAUUAGACAGAUUAAAAUAAUAAUGUCAGAUGCUUUUGCACUCGAUCCUUGAUGUGUUAAAUUGUCUGGCUAAGAGUAAAAUAAUAAUGUCUGGCAUUUGGGGACACAUAGCUGUGAAAUGGCUAAAAAGGAAAUGACAACAAAGAGAUGUUUAUCAAGUUGAAAGAAUAUUGAGACAAAAGAUGUUUACAAGUUCUUGGAAACUUGAGAUAUUAGUGAUUUUAGGAAAGACAAUGUCAUCAUCAAUGACGAUGCUGUCAACAAUAAGUCGAAUGCUACUCAGAGACUCGCUAUAAAUUAUAUUCCCUUGAGCAUUUCUAGUAUGCCGUAAUUGUUCAAACUGCUGUGGUAUUUAAUUACAUAAUUUAAACAGUUAUUACACAGUUAAAAAACCCAGUUAAAAGUUUGUUUUAAAAGGUGUUUUAUAUGAAUUCACUGACUAUUGCUACUAAAUAUGGUUGUUUAUAAGAAAGAUAAGUACUUUUUAAGAGGCAAAUAAAGUUGUAUGCUUUGGCCUCAAAUACAAGAAUGUAAGUAAUUUUGUUUUCUGCCAUUGCUUUUCUUAAUUACCAAACACACUGUUUUUGACUAUACCUCAGCCAUUCCACUGUAAUUUUAUGACUGUACACUUAGGAAUAAAAUGGAUAUAUAUUAUGGCAUUUCUGAUUCAGCAGAAACUUUAAUUGCUAAUAGAUGUACUGGUACAAGGAAGCCCCUGUGAGCUAGACGUCUCACUUAAUACAUAAUCUAAUCUUACUUGUAUACAUAUGAGCAGUCGUACUGUACAGAGCAAUUAUCUUUUGUCACUGACAGCCACAAAUGGUUGAAAUAAGAAAGUUCUCGUUAUUGUAUAAGUCUUACUUAUUUUCCUGGUGGUUUGUCAAAUUUGUUGUGUCUAUAACCAGUGGCAGUGUUGAAAGGAAGUUGAUCAAAUAUGAUCAUAUUACUGUAGAACACGUACUAUCAUUUUCUGUUGAACCAUUUAAAAGGUUUGUACAAGUGGAUCUUGAAUCAUGUGGCAUGAAAAUGUAA